GGGCUAUAUUAUAUUUAAGCAAUAUAUUCCUGCAAAGGGGGAAUGGAAAUAAUAUUACGGUGCUUUCUUUCGUUAAUAACUGAGUUUUGUGUAUAUGACAUUUAUACUGUAAAUCUGACAGGAAGGCUUUUUUUUUAUCUAUCCGUUUGCGGGUGAAAUUCAAGCUAAAUGAGUGUAGUGUGCUAUUCUGUGUUGUUCUCGUCAAAAAGUGAUAAAGCAUGAUACCAUGACAACUCGUGUUCAGGCAGAUGCAGGUCACCAUGGCUCAGAGCAGUAGGAGUACAGUCUCCCAGAGUGUUCCAGCGGUGGUGGUGUGUCUUGCUGCUUUGCUCCUCAGCAAUGUCUUGAUCUACCUAUAUUUGGACUCCUUGUAUCAAACUGAUGAGCAGCUCGUGUCCUCUCACAUAGGCUGUGGGCCCCAACACUUUAAAAUGGUGACCAUGAAAAACUGCUCCCCAUGGCUUCAGUGUUCACAGAUAAAAACUGAAGUGCGCAAACUGAAGCUGAUCGGCCAGGGGGCUGUUAAAAAGGUCUAUCUGGCUGAGUGGAGAAGCCAGAAGGUGGCUCUGUCCAAACUUUUCUCUUUGGAUUACUUGGAGGAUUUUCUCCAUGGAUUGUCCAUGUUACAGGCCUUGCAGGGCCCACAGGUGGUGCAGCUAGUGGGGUUUUGCCUUGAGGAUCACAUCCUGGUUACCGAGUUCCACCCGCUUGGCUCACUGCUCAACUUGGAUGGUGUUCUUGCACAAGAGCAACACCGGCAACAUAACACAUGGCAGAUACGGCUGAGGCUGGCUACGGACUAUGUCGCUAUCCUCCAUUACCUUCAUAAUAGCCCAGCUGGGCGACGGGUUAUGUGUGAUUCCAACAGCCUGGAGAAAACUCUCUCCCAGUUUCUGCUGACAAGUGACUUUCACCUGGUAGUCAAUGAUCUGGAUGCGCUGCCUGAGAUGGACCCAUCCAGAGGCUUAUUGGUCAAAUGUGGCCACCGAGAGCUCACUGGGGACUUUGUGGCCCCAGAGCAGCUGUGGCCAUUCAGAAACAAAGGGAAGCCAUUUUCAGAUGAUCUCAUGCCUGCGUAUGAUGAGAAGACAGAUAUUUGGAAAAUCCCUGAUGUGACAAGGUUUCUGAUGGGAAGGGUACCUGGAGGAGAUUUAGUCCACUUCCAUCUUUUUCAGAUCCACGAGGAGUGCAAGAAGGAAGACCCCAAACUCCGCCCUUCAGCCCUGGAUGUUUUGAAGGUGUACACUUCAGUCUACAGCAGCAUGAUGCGAGAGAAUGCCGGUGUUAGAGACAUGCUGUAGAAUACUGACUUACAUACAAUAAAAUUUCAAGCUCAAGUUAAAAGUUUGGAACUACAGUAUCUGUUAAUUUGGACUUUUUUUUUUACACUUUUGUGUUACUUGGUCACAUUUACCUAUUUCUUGGCAUUUCAUCUGUUGAGUCUAUUCUUUUCUAUAUCAGAACACAUUGGAAUGCAUAACAGUUUUCAUACCAUGGUCACUGAGCUCAGAAGAAACAGAGACUGUUCCUCCAUGCAGGAAGAAUGGUGGCCCUUCUCUGACUGUACUUUAAGUCAGGCUAGAUGAGCACAGGUUAUCAAAUCCAGAACAUGACUGGCUGGGACUGUAUGUAAUCUAUUUUAAAAAGAUGCAAAUACAUUUAAUAAAAUGGCAUGGAGUGUUACUCAUGAAGGGGGAGUAGAUGUUAUAGUGGGAGUUAAAGAAAGCUGUGCUGUUGGCAGGAAUUUGUCUGAAGCAAAAUGGGUGUUUAUUAAAGAUAUCAA